GCUAAUUCCCUUCUAUCGGGGCUUUCGGCGAAACAGCGAGAGUAGGGGUCCAUAAAAAGCCAACAAGGCAGGCAAGAACGCCGCGCCGCCGGAGUCCGCACCCCAGUAUGGCUUCAGGAGACCUUUACGAGGUGGAGCGGAUUGUGGACAAGAGGCGGAACAAGAAGGGUAAAUGGGAGUACCUGAUUAGGUGGAAGGGCUAUGGAAGUAAAGAGGACACCUGGGAGCCAGAGCACCAUCUACUGCACUGUGAGGAGUUCAUCGACCAGUUCAACAGCUUGCGAUUGCACUCACACAAACGACCUAAAAUUCCAAAAAAUCGCGGAGGGAGCCUUAUAACCAGCCACCCAUCUGCCACAGAAAUCUCCAAAGCUCGGUCUGAAGCCCGAAAGAAGAAAAGUACUUGUGGCCCAGCUGUAGGGGUUAGAGGCGGAACUGUUUUAGGGAUUGGAAGUGGAGGGUCAGGACCCACUCAGAAACAGAGGAAAGUGGGUGUGGGACAUGGGAAGCAUGCUUUAGGGGACAGAAUGAGCAAAGCCAUGACGUACAAGGCUCCUCCUCACUUUGCUGCCCCAGUGAGGAACCCUCAUAAUGGAGUCCAGAAUGGAGAGAUGGAGCAGCUUAUGUACAGGCCGGCGGCAAGGUCACAUAGACUGCCCUCAGACAGAGUGGAGGGGGAACUAGGAGACAUGGAUACCACUGGACAGCAGGUCACCAGUGAACUAGGCUCCCCUGUGGCCAAUGGCAAGAUGCAUCUGCCCAGCUCAGUAAAGCGGAAGCUGGCUGAGGAGAAAGGCUAUGUGUUCGACAAGCGGCUCAGGUACAACGUGCGACAGAGCGAAAGCAACUGUCGAUUCAGAGACAUUGUGGUCAGAAAGGAGGAGGGCUUCACGCAUGUCCUGCUAUCCAGCCAAACAACAGACAACAACGCUCUGACACCAGAGAUCAUGAAGGAAGUGUGUCGAGCUCUGGGUAAUGCAGCUGCUGAUGAUAGUAAAUUAUUAUUGCUCAGCUCUGUGGGGACUGUUUUCUGCAGCGGCCUGGAGCCGUCCUACCUGAUAGGGCGUCUAUCCACUGACCGCAGAAAAGAGAGCAGCCGCAUAGCAGAUGCUGUACGGGACUUUGUGUUGGCAUUUAUCCACUUCAAGAAACCUAUCGUGGUGGCAAUAAAUGGGCCUGCUCUGGGCUUAGGGGCCUCCAUCCUGCCCCUGUGUGAUGUGGUGUGGGCCAGUGAGAGGGCCUGGUUCCAAACUCCAUGUGCAGCCCUCCAUCUCACCCCAUCUGGCUGCUCCUCUUACACCUUCCCCCAGAUCCUGGGUGUAGCUCUGGCCAACGAGAUGCUGUUCUGUGGGAGAAAACUCACAGCUCAAGAAGCAUGCAGUCGAGGUCUGGUGUCACAGGUCUUUUGGCCAACCACAUUUAACCAAGAAGUGAUGCUACGUGUAAGGGAAAUGGCAUCCUGCAAUGCAGUGGUUUUAGAAGAGUCCAAAUGCCUGGUGAGGAGCAUCAUCCUGUCUGUUCUAGAGGAUGUGAAUGAGAAGGAGUGUCAGAUGCUGAAGCAGCUGUGGUGUUCAACCAAAGGGUUAGAGGCACUCUUCAGUUAUCUGCAUAACAAAGCGUAUGAGAAGUGAUCAUCCACCGUUAUCUCAAACUGAAGGAAGUUGCAUUGAGGGCAUUUGUUUGAAUCCAUCAGCAGAGGGCAACCUGGAGUUGAGUUUGCUUUCUUCUCUACCAACAAUUCCUUCAUGAUCAUCUUUUGUAAAGCAACUUUUUUAUUGGACCCAUAACCGUCCAGAUGUUUAUUCUCUGUUUAAGAAGUUUAAGAGAAAAGGGCCAAAUGUGCAUUGCUGAAAUAAACACUGAAGGAGGUUCUCGAGGGAGGUACAGAGUGUUUCUGUACAAAUGUGAGACUUAAUCAUCAGGAUGUAUGAAAUCAAUGUAUGUCUGAUAGCACAUGAUAAAGUUAUGAUAAUAUAUAUUAAUAUAUAUUUAUUUAAAGUGUGUCAAAGAGUUGCUUUCUGUAUAUAAGAUGCAUUUUUCAGGAUUUCCUUUUAGUUGCUUAUUGUUUUGAGCUGAAGUGUAAACCAAAGUUUGCAUGAGGACAUGGUUUCUUCCUCCUUUUAAGAUGCACAUUCCAUUCUCUCUGUUUUGACUGAAGAAAACUGUUAGAAAACUGCUCAUAAAUGUUAGCAAAUCAAAGCGGUUGUCUGCUCAAAGCAUGUUAUCUCAUCAGUUAACAUAAAAUGUCAUGUCAAAAACUGACACUUGUCAUUGUAACUGCAUCACACACGUCAUUGUUCAUAAUGCAAAAGUCAAUAUUACAUAGAAUAAACAUCUUGUUGUUCAGCAACAUCUUCAUCAUCUUCAUCAUCUCACUUAAGUACAUAAUCACCAAUAACAGGAUUAAAAUGGUCUGAUGAUAUUCAUGAAAUAUCUUCAUUCUGUAAACAUCCAUAUGUCUUUAGUUAUUUCAACCUGCAACAAAACAGAUAUGGCAAGAGGUUAAUUUUUAGAGUUUUAUUUAUACACAUAAAAUCUCAGAAGUCAGGAUUUUUCUUUCAGUGGAGACUUCUUUCACUUUGGAAUAAACCUAGUAGUUUUUGCAAAUCAGAAAAAUAAGAGUAAAUUGAGGUCUCAUGUGAAUGCUGUCCAUUUUUAAUCAAGUAGCAUUUUGGACUAAGUACAAAAUGACUUCAGAUGAUUAAAUAAAGUAGCGGCUCAUAUCACAUGGAAGGAUUAGCAAUGGAUUUCAUCAUUUAGUUUUGACUACGUUGUAGCCGUACAUGCAGUAUUGCGGUAUGUCAUUUUCAAAAUGUUGGACAUAACACAUUUAUCACCGCAGAUCAUUAUUUUUUCAAAAUGUGAUUUGUUUUUAGAAAAGAAGGGGCGAAAAAAUCAUAUGAUCAUGUUGGUAUUUCUUGACAGUCAUUUGUGUAUUGUUUUUAAAACACACAGAAGAGAUGAUUCUUGCUUUGUCCUCAAGUAAAAUGCGACUGCACUAAUUGUCAGUUAUCAAUAUUGUGGAAAUGCAGCUGUCGUGUAUCUGGAGUCGAUGUUGUCCUUAUCUGCAUGUGAUGAUUCAAGGUUUCAAGGAGUUUUAUAUUUUGGCGUGUAUUAUAUUUAGGGAUCUAUUUUGUUUUACCAAAACAACAACAAAAAAAUGUAGGUCUGUGAAAACUGUUUUUGUAAUACUCAGAAGAUAUUUGUCAAUUUUUGCAGUUGUACACAUGCAGUACAGAAGAUAGAGAUAAUAUAGACAAUGCUGUUUUGUGUAACUAAUUGCAUGUAAGAUACUGUAAAUAUGAAUGUGCUGCCUGUCACGAUACCUUGGUAUUUCAGGGUAGGUUUUGUACCAUCAUUGUAAGUAUUGCUAGAAAUGUUGCAGUUUAUUUUUCUAUUUAUUUGAGAUAACUGUUUGGAUGUGCAGUGCCAUGUGGUUUUCUUUGCUCCAGAGGCACCCCGACACUCUUUAGUUAUACAACAUAUGUAUAUAUAAUUUCAAAACCAAAAUGUGUAAACACUAUUGUCACUUGAAUGUUUACCUUUCCAAUUGACAUUCUCAGAUUAAGUAGUUUUUUUUGUUGUAAAUUAUCCAAGGCAUGUCAGAUAAUUGAAUAUAUUCUGUUUUACUAAGGUUAAUAGGUGUGAGCAGAUGAUUGAUUAACACUUCUCAAUCUGUCAGAUUUAUUUGAGGCCAUUGCAGUUAGCAUGAAGUAAUUCAUGGUUUGAUGAAGCAUUUUCCAAAUUUUCCACAAAAAUGGCACAUUUCCACUUAUGCCCAUGAAAAAUAACACCUUUGAAAUUAAAUCCUAGUGCAUCUGAUCUUUUCCAAACUUGCCAGAUAUAUAAUUAGCUACACAACAGUGAUUCAGUCACAAAAUUAAAAAGUGCCAUGUUCUCACAGGUAUUUUGGCGUGUUCAUUAGGUAUAAAUAGAAGCUGUUGGGACUUUUCCCUACAUUCACUUCUUACUAUGUCGUCUGUUUGGUAUGACGUUUGAGAAGGACCUGUGUAAUGUGGCUACUGUAGAGAAUCACUGAAUGCAAAUCACUUAGAUCUGCUGAGCAUUAAUCACAUUGAUCCUUUAAGACAGGGGUCUUUAUUUAUUGAUUUAUUUAUUUGAAUUUGUAUUAGAUUCUUUUCAGUGUGACACCUGAGAUUAAAAAAAAAAAAAAAAGCUUUUUAUUACUGAAUAGAAAAAUUGUUUCAAACGUUUGGUUUCCGUUUUAGGCACUGUGUCCAAAUUCCCACCUCAACGUGUUUGAAGUCUGUACAUUUUGAACUAAAUCAGGCUUGUAACGCCUAGUCAUAUUUCCUCCAUUAUUUAUUACAAAUUACAACAAUUUUGACAGGUUUGUGUGAGUUUUUUGUCUUGUGUAUCCACAGUAUGUUUUUUCCCCAUGUACAGAAUGUGUAUUUCACUAUUCAUGUUUCUCUUUCCCAUAUUGUCUCAAAGCACACCUUGGGGUGCCUUACAAUUUUACUAUCUGUCAAAGAUUGAUCCAUAUAUUGUGAUGGAUAGAGUGA